AUGGCUGACGUUUUCUCGGCCAACGACUCCACGGCGUCUCAGGACGUGGCCAACCGCUUCGCUCGCAAAGGGGCGCUGAGGCAGAAGAACGUGCACGAGGUGAAGGACCACAAAUUCAUCGCCCGCUUCUUCAAGCAGCCCACCUUCUGCAGCCACUGCACCGACUUCAUCUGGGGGUUUGGGAAACAAGGCUUCCAGUGCCAAGUUUGCUGUUUUGUGGUUCACAAGAGGUGCCAUGAGUUUGUUACGUUUUCUUGUCCGGGUGCGGAUAAGGGACCUGACACUGAUGACCCAAGGAGCAAGCACAAGUUUAAAAUCCACACCUACGGAAGCCCCACCUUCUGUGAUCACUGUGGGUCAUUGCUGUAUGGACUUAUCCACCAAGGGAUGAAAUGUGACACCUGCGACAUGAAUGUUCACAAGCAGUGUGUCAUCAACGUCCCUAGCCUCUGUGGGAUGGAUCACACGGAGAAGAGAGGGCGCAUCUACCUGAAGGCCGAAGUCACUGACGAGAAGCUCCACGUCACAGUACGAGAUGCAAAAAAUCUAAUCCCUAUGGAUCCAAAUGGGCUUUCAGAUCCUUAUGUGAAGCUGAAGCUUAUUCCUGAUCCUAAGAAUGAAAGCAAACAAAAAACCAAAACCAUCCGCUCUACGCUAAACCCCCAGUGGAAUGAGUCCUUCACCUUCCCUCUGGCCUCCCCACCCUUCGGCGACAAAGCUGGUAGAGUGUCCACCCGCUGUCUCUCCCAGUGCAUGACUUACGAGACCCAGAAAGCCAAGCUUGGCCCUGCUGGGAACAAAGUCAUCAGUCCUUCAGAAGACAGGAAACCUUCCAACAACCUCGACCGGGUGAAACUCACAGACUUCAAUUUCCUCAUGGUUCUGGGGAAGGGGAGUUUUGGAAAGGUGAUGCUUGCUGACAGGAAGGGCACAGAAGAGCUGUAUGCCAUCAAGAUCCUCAAGAAGGACGUGGUGAUCCAGGAUGACGACGUGGAGUGCACCAUGGUGGAGAAGCGCGUGCUGGCCCUGCUCGACAAGCCUCCGUUCCUGACACAGCUCCACUCCUGCUUCCAGACAGUGAUUCAGCAAGUCGGAAAAUUCAAGGAGCCACAAGCAGUAUUCUAUGCAGCAGAGAUUUCCAUUGGCUUGUUCUUUCUUCAUAAAAGAGGAAUCAUCUACAGGGAUCUGAAGUUAGAUAAUGUCAUGCUGGAUUCAGAAGGACAUAUCAAGAUUGCUGACUUCGGGAUGUGCAAGGAACACAUGAUGGAUGGCGUCACCACCAGGACCUUCUGUGGGACUCCAGAUUACAUUGCCCCAGAGAUAAUCGCUUAUCAGCCGUAUGGCAAAUCCGUGGACUGGUGGGCAUAUGGCGUCCUGUUAUAUGAAAUGCUUGCUGGCCAGCCUCCCUUUGACGGUGAAGAUGAAGAUGAACUCUUUCAGUCGAUAAUGGAGCAUAACGUUUCUUAUCCAAAAUCCUUGUCCAAGGAGGCCGUUUCCAUCUGCAAAGGAGUGAUGACCAAACACCCUGCCAAGCGGCUGGGCUGUGGGCUCGAAGGUGAACGGGAUGUGAGAGAACACGCCUUCUUCCGGAGAAUCGACUGGGAGAAGUUAGAGAACAGGGAGAUCCAGCCUCCCUUCAAGCCCAAAGUGUGUGGCAAAGGAGCAGAAAACUUUGACAAGUUCUUCACACGAGGGCAGCCCGUCUUAACGCCGCCUGACCAGCUGGUCAUUGCUAAUAUAGACCAGUCUGAUUUUGAAGGGUUCUCGUAUGUCAACCCCCAGUUUGUGCACCCCAUCUUACAGAGCGCAGUAUGA